GACAACAGGAAGUAAGACGAGGGUCGAAGUGGGCGGACUCCAUUCAUACAGUCCAGGUUCUGAAAAAGGGUUCAGUGCUCCACCGAACAUUAUAGACUUUUCUUCAGCUGCUUAAACCAUGAGCGGCGAACGAGACGUGAGUUUCGACCCAAAAGAGCACCAGCAUUUGCGGUACAACCCGCUGCGGGAUAGCUGGGUCCUGGUGUCGGCCCACCGCAUGAAGAGACCGUGGGCUGGACAGGUGGAAAAACCUCCAGAGGAGCACAUACCCAGAUAUGACCCCAAGAACCCACUCUGUCCCGGAAAUACACGAGCAAACGGGAAGGUAAAUCCUGACUAUGACAGUACUUUCUUGUUUGAAAAUGACUUUCCUGCUCUUCAACCAGAUGCCCCAGAUCCAGGUGUGGAUCAACAUCCAUUAUUUCAGACUCGUGCAGCCAGAGGAAUCUGCAAGGUCAUGUGUUUUCACCCCUGGUCUGACGUGACACUCCCUCUCAUGAAAAAACAAGAAGUUGUGAAGGUGGUUGAUAAGUGGGUGGAAAUCCUAGAGGAAUUGGGUGCUACAUACCCCUGGGUUCAGAUCUUUGAGAAUAAGGGUGCAAUGAUGGGCUGUUCAAACCCACAUCCUCACUGCCAGGUGUGGGCCAGUAACUUUCUGCCAAAUGAGCCGGCUCUGUCGGACCGCUGCCAGAGAAAUUACUUUGAGAAGCAUGGAGAACCGCUGCUGCUGGAGUAUGCCAGACAAGAAGCUGAGAGAAAAGACCGUGUGGUGGUGGAGAAUUUUGCUUGGCUGGCAGUGGUUCCAUACUGGGCAACUUGGCCUUACCAGACAUUGCUGUUGCCACGGCGACAUGUCCUCAGACUCACUGACCUGACAACUGAAGAGAGGGAGGGUCUGGCAGAUAUUAUGAAGCAGCUGUUGACCAAAUAUGACAAUCUGUUUGAAGUAUCUUUUCCCUACUCUAUGGGCUGGCACGGAGCGCCAACUGGCCCCCAUUUGAAAGAGGAUAACUCCCACUGGCAGCUUCACGCUCAUUACUACCCGCCUCUCCUGCGUUCAGCCACGGUUAAGAAGUUUAUGGUGGGCUAUGAGAUGCUUGCCCAGGAGCAAAGGGACCUCACUCCUGAACAGGCUGCUGAGAAGCUAAGAAAUCUGCCGGAUCAGCACUAUAAAACCAGAGAGAGUCAGGAAGUGGAAGAAACCAAGGAAAAGUCGACAUGACGGGUGAUACAAACGCUUCAGUGAAGGCAUCCUAUUAAAGAUCUUCAUUAAAACAAACAAAAAAAAAUCAUGCAAAAUAAUCUUUUUUCUUCAUUUUUUGCAUCAGAAGUCCACUUGAAAGCCAAAAGUUUGGUGAGAAAUGUUUAAAAAUGUGCUUUACAAAUGACACUCAACUUUUCAAACCUUUUCUUUGCAAAAGCAGAAUGAAAACAUUUUAAUUCUAUGUAUAUAGGUUUGCUUUUGGGCUUCCUUCAUUAAUUAUGGAUUUGAAAUAAAAUGUGGUACAAAACCCUU